AAUGAUUCUAUGUAUUGUACGACAGCGACGAUUGUCCGACUGGUGUAGGUGGUGAACGGUGGUAGUGGUGGUGGUGCCGACAAGUGAUAUAAUCGUCGUCGUUCUUCCUUUUCUUCUUUUCACGCUCGUUGUCGGACUCGCAUGUUAAAUUGUUAACGCACUACGUUUUACAAGAAAAUUUUAUUUUACAUUUUUUUUUUGUAUUGGUUUGAAUAUUUUAAAUUUUUCAUGCUUACUAUUCGUGAGUUUGAUUGUAUGAUUAUUUUUUUGCACUAACUAUCGUUGGGACGCGCACGUACGUCAUACAUAGAGUAUUAUCAUCGCCGUUGUUAUUGUGUCACUUUUCGCUGUACACGAACGGACUACGUACCGGAGGCAUCCAGUGGCGAUAUUUUCGAGCCGAGUUUUAUAAUUGUAAAUUUGUUGACCGUCUUUGGGUCGCAAUUACACGUGGCCCGUGUUCCGCUGCAUUCGUUUCCAUAUCAUCGUAGUAGCAUGGACGUAACGCCGGUCGUGACGCUGUGCUCAAUGAGUUUGAGAGCGUGUGUUAUCAUAUUGUGAAUAUCUGUAGUUCAAUUGUCGCGUCGAAAAGUGGUCCGACGUAAGUGAUAUUUACGAGGUAUUCCACUAUUCCAAAUUCGUAGUUCUAAAUUCAUAUCACAUGUGACAUAUGGGGAAGUCUUCGGAUAGCACUUGCACACAAUGUUGAACGAAUCGUUUGCAGUGUUCGCUAUGAUGUUGCCGCCGACUUUCAACAUCCAUCAAUUAAAGUACCACACAAAGUUGUUGGUUCAAUACGUCUAGACAUAUAUUUUAUAUACUAUGAUAAUGGACACUACGUCGACUGCUAAUAUGGCACAGCAGCAGUCGCCUGCUUAUGGGCUCAUGAAACGUGGAAAACGUGGUGCAGCUGCACUCAUUGCAGCUGAUUGUUGUAAUGCCACAAUCAAUGUUACUACCGCCCCACAACAGCAGCAAGAUGAUGGUGGUGGAGAUGCAGCUGCAGCUGAUUCCGCUCUGACCCGUUGUAAGUUACUGGACGAUAUGCUGGACGUGUUGCUUAAUCCAUAUGAUGCGAUUAGCGAGUGGAAUAAUUUGGAUUGGUUACGUUGGUUAAUGGCUGGUGGUAAAACCCUUGAUGAAUUUAGUAGUGCAGUCAAAGUAUAUGACUAUGGUACAUGUUGUGGCCUUGUUUGGACAGCCAAUUAUGUAGCAUAUAGAUGUCGUACUUGCAGUAUAUCCCCUUGUAUGUCCCUGUGUGGAGAUUGUUUUAAGCGUGGUGAUCAUACAGGUCAUGAUUUCAAUAUGUUUCGUUCUCAAGCAGGAGGGGCAUGUGAUUGUGGAGACACAAGUGUAAUGAAGCCUGAUGGGUUUUGUCGUAAACAUAGUAGUACAAUUAAUAUUGACGGUACUAGUACCAGCAGUAAUAGUGGUUGUAAACAACCUCCUGCUGAUUUAUUGAGGGUAGCUGAGAGAAUAAUGCCAAGACUUUUGUUACGACUAGUGCAGUAUUUACGGGAAAACAGUAAAAUUGCCGAUUCUAGAACAAGCAGUACCCACGUACCACCAGGAGGUGUUGCAGGUGCUGGUGCUGGAAUGACAAAUCAGCAACAUAAUUUAUUACUUAUAGACUUGGACCCAUUUUUGAGUAUGCUACACGACCUUGGUGCUCUUGGAGCUGCUAUGCGACGUGUCAUGACUGUGUCUCUAACUAAUGAAAGAAUAUACCGAUGGGCAUGUGAUUAUUACAGUAGCGUUGGUUAUAAUUUUGGCAGUGAUGAUUCUAGUCUACAGCAACAAGAGCAGCAGCAACAACAGACUAUUUACACUAUAUACACAGAUAAAGUGCGUCGCUAUUAUGCCGAAGCUAUACAUCAAUACACUGCAUCAACAUCGUCUCCGUCAUCAAGUAGUCGGCGACGACGUCGCAGUAACACAACAAUUGGAGAUGUUAUUCAUGGCAGUAACAGUCUUAGUAAUUCAGAAGACGACGAUGACGACGAUGAAGAUGAUGAUGAAUUUGGACCAGAUGAUUGGCUCGUUGAUGGCCAGAUUAGUAGAAGACGAAAGAACAAACUAAAUCAUUCUAGUUUUUUGCAAGAGAUUGUUUUUUGGACUGUGCGAUAUGAGUUUCCUCAAAAGAUGGUCUGUUUUCUGUUGAAUAUGUUGCCUGAUGCAGCAUACAAGGAAGCAUUAACUGAAGCAUUUGUUAUGCACUAUGGAUGUGUGGCUCGUGUUUUGGCAACAACAAGAGACUCAGAUACCCUCUCUAACCAUAUUGUUCACAUUAGUGUUCAAUUGUUUAGUAAUGAAGCAUUGGCUACGCGGAUGGUCGAUAAAUUAGGAUUGCUUAGAAUAAUGGUAUCAAGCUUAAGGCGCAUGAUGACAAAAAUACUGAUACCAUCAACAUUACAUGAUCCUAUGAAAAACAGACACAGGGUUGUAGAUUGUUCAAAGGCUGUUAUGAAAGAACAUUGUUAUUGGCCACUGGUUAGCGAUCUAAACAAUGUAUUGUCACAUAGGCCGAUUGCAGUUAAAUUUAUGUGUGACGACCGUUUAUUGGAUUCGUGGUUUUCAUAUUUGUCGAUGUUUCAAGGAAUGAAUGUUAACUGUCGAGAGUUGGGACAUCACGUUGAAUUUGAACCAAAUACUUAUUAUGCUGCUUUUAGUGCUGAACUUGAAGCUAGUGCAUAUCCAAUGUGGGCCAUGCUGUCGCACCUCACAUCUGCUGACACUUUGUCACUCUCCUCCCGUGUAUUACGCGCUUGUCUCAAACGUUUACGUAAAUGGCUUAUAGAUGUAGGUUACUACUAUAAUCAAGAUCAUGGUAAUGUUUGUGGUGGUACUGCUUCCUCUUCUUCUAACUACAUUGCUAGUACUUCCACAACCAUAAUUCGACGAUUAGAUGAUCGUCAUCAGUUCACUUUUCACUUGCCUUUGCACCGGUAUUUGGCAGUAUUUUUGUGUCAAGCUGUGCGUGCUCAAGGUGCCCGUAUAGAAGACAUUAUACCACGAAACAGUACUGAUGAUUCAGCAGAUAGAGAUGCAUUGUUAAUGGCAAUCGCUGCACACCCUGUACGAGCUCAAUCAGCAUUCUACGAAAUCAUGCAGGGUGCAUGGGUUCGUAAUGGCCUACAAAUUAAAGGCCAAGCUAUGACGUAUAUCCAAUCAAAUUUUUGUAUAUCCAUGGUAGAUGCUGACAUUUAUUUACUUCAACUUUGUCUAUCUGAAUUAUCAGAUGCCAACAUAUUCAUGUCUUUAAUACUAGAAAAGUUUAAAGUGUAUGAUUGGAUGCAUGUAGUUAAACAUGGUGGAUUACCUCAGGUUAUGGAUUCGGAGGAAUAUGACGCUGCACCUAGUAUGGAGGGCUUAUUAGUUUUCCUUGCCACUUUAAUAGGUGUCCGUACAAAUUUAUGUUCCGAUGAAGAUUAUGAAUACUGUCAGUCACAAUUAGAAAUGGUCACAUUAUUAUGUGUUUCUGAUAAAACACACAGCCAAUUAAUGGAAUUAAUGCCUGAACGAUGUGGUGGUAUUCAAACUAGCGCCACAGCUACCACAAGUCCUAUAAAUACCAGUGGUGACGGUGCAUCUCGAAAUUCCCCCUCCAUUGAUCAAGAAUCUCCACCAGCAAUGCGUGAUUUUGAAACUGUAUUACAAGCUGUGGCUGAGUAUAAGAGACCGCAAUUUGAAGCUUCUGGUAACAUGCAACAAGGACUGUAUGUGCCUUUAGCACAUGUCUGGCAAAAACUGUACGACCCAGUGCAUGUGCUUUUGAGAGCUGUGCAUAGACGUGACUUCCAAUCAUCCAUGGACCGUUAUACAACAUUCAUGCGUUCUAUUGGAUUGUUGAAACAAAAUCAAAACACUUGGCCUCCAUAUAGAAUGCCACAAAAACACCAUCCAGCAUAUCGCAAUCCUUGUAGAGCACUGUUAUCUAAGUUAUUUCAUGCUGUUGUCUGGCAUUGCCUUUACCGUUCAUCAGUUUAUCGAGAUAUAAGUGAACAUACACUCAGUUUACUGGUUUAUCUUCUUGACCAGGCGUGGAUAUGUUAUAGUAACUCUCCUGUAGAUGAUAAUACAUCUAAUAAUCAACAGCAACCAAUGGAUACAGAUCCUCCAGCUAAGCAGUCUGCAUCGUCAUCUUCAGCAGCUUCAUCUGGAGAAUGCUUUUAUGAAAGCUUCAAUAUCAAAAACUGUCCAAAGAAAAAGAUAAAAAUAACAGUAGCAGAUGCUAGUAAUUCUGAUAGUGAAACAGCUAAUGCCAAGGAAACAACACUCCUAUUAUUGAACCGUUGGUAUGAUCAUGAUGAUUUGGCCCACAAUUUGUGCACUACUAUUACACAUGUUGAGUUGCCACCACCAUACUAUCAUUAUUUUUUUGGGGAAGAAACAACUAAUGCCACUUCUAAUGCAACAGCUGCCUCGACAAUGGCAACCAAUUUAUUUGAUUAUUUCACAUCGUCUGUAGCAGCAGCUGCUUCAGUUGCUAGCUCUUCAUCACCAAUCACAGUUUCUCAUAACUUUGAACCUGGUAACUCACAACAGCCUAAUGUUGUUCCAUCACUGGCUACAAUAGCGGGCAACGAAAUACCUCUUGCUGGUUCUUCUAUUCCUACCCGUCCACCUUUUUAUAGCUUAAAUGCUGCAGCAGCUGCUACAUCUUCUACAAUGGCAGAUUCUGCGUUGAAUCGUGUUAAACAACGUUUACAAUUCUUACGCCCUCCUCCACCAAAAACAGAUUCACCUACACAUGAGCAACAUCAGUCAUCAUCAUCCUCAUCAUCGUCAUCGUCAGACGUUAUUAUUGAUCUUACCAGACCUGAAUUUCCGUUUGAGUCAGUAUCAAAUAACGAUAAAGCAUCAAUAUUGGGAGUUGAUAGAAAUCAGUUAGUGAUAGAAGUUGAUGACCAACAAAAUUCAUUGGUAUGUAUAAAUGAGAGUAUCAUUUCCUUACUUUUGAAAUUGCACUCUCAGUUGUCCGGUGAACCAGAUUCAUAUCAAUUGCCUAUAAUUUCACCUCAUUCUACCACUUCUAAUAAUUUAAUUGAAGAGGACAAGAUAAACCAAUCAGCGUCAAAAAAUGAUAUUCUCAAUGAAGAAAUACCUCCGUGUGGCGAUGGGGCAUUUUUUGUAGGUCGUUUGUUAGAUAGGAUAGCUAGGGGGUCAACAUCAUGUUAUGAUUGCAUAUUGCGUACUAGAGUACGUAUAUGGCCAUUGUCAGUAGUAAUGCGAGAAACAGCUUCACGGGAUGAUGAAGAGCGUGAGCGGCGGGAGCGUAAACGCCGGGCUCGUGACAAGCAACAGCAAAUGAUGGAAGAAAUGGCGAGAGCACAACGAGCAUUCCUUGAAAGUGCACUUCGCUCUGGAGAUCUAGAUUCUACUGAUACACAAUCACAAUCUACCAGUGCAACUACUACAAAUAUGGAAUGUGACGUACCGGCUCCCACUAUAGAGAUAUCUACUUCAACUACUUGUAGUAAUGAAGCCUCUACCUCAACGUUAGCAAAUACUAUAGUUGAAAUAGACGAAAACAGUAGUAGUAGUAAUAGUACAACAACAACAACAAAAGAAUCGGCUACUCAUAUUCGCAGACCUGAUCAACAUGAAACCACAUUAACUGUGGAUUGUGUGAUUUGUAAUCAGACUGUGAUUGUACAAAUAGAGCAACAGCGCCAAGAUCCAGUAGGACUAGUCAUAUUAGUUCAGGGUACCAACGUUUUAGCACACAGACGACAUAUUGUUUCACAACCAUUAGAGUCGACCAAACAUGAUACAGAAAAAACCACAGGGCUCGCAAAUAGUGUAGCAAACAAUGAACAAAAUUAUUAUCAUUAUUGGCCUGCUUUACCGCCGUUGAAUUCACAGCAACAUCAUCAGCAAUCUACAUCUGUAAUCAAUGACCCCAAAUCACAGCAACUACAUAAUCAACCAAUUGUUUCAACAAUUGCUGAUAAUUACGAUGCUACUACAUAUGCAUCACAUUCUGACCGCCGCAAACGUCUAAUGUCACAAUAUUUUAAUAAUUUGGAUAAGGCUGAUUUUGAAGUCGGAUCCCUUACAACUACUACUAGUGCUACUCCAGUUGGUGGUAAUGUCCAUGUUCAGACCUGUGGCCAUCACUUACAUUUGAGGUGUUGGAGUUCAUAUCUGGCAUCAUUACGUGGUGCUCAGCGUUUUAAUUCAGACCGUGGUGAAUAUAGUUGUCCACUUUGUCGGCAAUUAGCUAAUUCCUUAAUGCCGUUAAUACCAGGAGUUGCUAUUGAUCAAAACCAGCAACAACGUGGCUGUGCCUCUUAUAACACUAUUAUUACCGCAAGUGCUAUGUCUGGUGCUGUGAGCAAAUUGACGGAACUAAUUAAACAGCAAGAAUAUGAAUCACCGAAUUCAGAACAAUCUAGUGAUGCUGUUUGCUGCAGUGAAACGUCAACCUCAGUUUUCAUUGGUGAUACAGAGAACAUUGUUAAUCGACACCCCUUGCAUCAGAAUGUUCAUCACCAUCAUUUUAAUGAUGAUGAUUAUUUUCUGAUUCAGGACCAAGUACAUGACAUUAGCCCUGCUGGUGGUGCAGAAGAUGGAAUUAGUGGUAAUGGAGGGGAAGGAGAAGAUUUAGAGAGUGGAGAGGAUCCUCUAUUGAAUGCUGUUAAUAGAUGUGUGAGUGAUAUGAUUACUACAACUGUAGUUACAGCAGCUGCUCAAACUGUAUCAUUGCCACAUACAUUAUUGACAUCAACUCAACGAGAAAAAAUGUAUAAGGUAAGGUGGCAUAGUGUUGUAUCUGUCGCUUGGACAAAUAUCCAAGUGGAAUUGGUGCAGCGUAACAACAGUCUUAUAGAACAACUGCAGCAAGACCAGUCAUCAUUACACCGCAGUAAUAAUUAUUAUCGUCACCUCAAUUUGUUUUCUGCUACUGCAGUUAAUGCUACAGACAUCAAUGGUAGCAAUAAUUAUUACAAUAUGCUGCCUAAGCGCAAUUGUAUAGCACCAUUGUUAAAAGUGCUGAGUGUGAGCGCUCGGUCGUUGAUGGCCAAAUACCAGACUCCUGAUUAUAAUCCCAUUAGUGAUGUUUGGUACAAAUUAAUUGGGUGCGAACAGCCUCGACAACAGUUAAGCAAUACUUAUCCACCAUUAUUGAUGCGUGAUCCAUGCUCCGUACUAUUACAACUUGUGCUGUUAUUACCUACACUUGACCGCGAUUUGUUUGAUACUAUAAUCAAACUCACCUACAACAUGCAACUAUAUGUGGCCGCAUUGAAAGUCGCAUCCACGUGGAAUCGUAACUGUAAACUUAAUCGUCAACUUCAUCACCGCCAACGGCACAAUACAAGAAAAAUGUCAACAAAAAAUGAAGAAAGAACUGAUGGAAGCACUAGUGUUCGAAUAGAUUUAGAUGAUGGAUGCAAUAAUAAACUAUCAUCAUCAUCAAUGGAUAUUACCGAAGCUGACAAUACACUACCACCAACACCUUUAUUUUCACAAGUUGUAGCAUUGGCCAGAACUAUAGUGUUUUUAUCGGAUGACUACGAAACUGAAAUAGUCAACAUCGGUUCAAUAGUUAAUAAUGAUGAUGAAUUCAUGAUGCAUCAAGAAGAUGAGGGUGUUGAAAAUAUUGUUAGUGACAACAACCUUGAUAGGUCAAUAGACACCUCAAAAGAUGAUGACGAAAUUUUGUUGCUGCUAGAAUCUUAUGGAAGACGAAGUACACUACCAUUUUUGCGGUUUGCCGCUCUAUUGAAAAAAUAUAUUAAUAGUGAUGAUAAUGAUAAUCUAGAUGACCAUCCUGAACUAUUAAUAUCAUCAUCACAACUAAAUAAUUUGAAUGUUGAACAGAACAAACAAAGAGAACAACUAUUGGAUUACCAAGUCAUUUCUCCGCCACAGGUUGAAGUUAACUAUAAUGUUGAUUUUUCAACUACAAAUGACCCUCACUGUCAUCAACAUUGGUCAAAAGACGAUUAUGAGUAUCUAACACUCGCCCGGUAUUUAAAACUGUUAAACAAUAAUGAGGAAGCCCAUGAGGUCAGUGAUCAUUGUGAAGAAAGCUAUAAUUACAAUUGUUCAUACAUUGAACAUAAUGAUGAUCAAAACCAGAACAAUUGUGAAAAAAGACAACAUAUACCAUCGCAGCCACCAUCUGCCAUGGAAGCUGUCAUAUGGCCACAAUGGUCAUAUUCUACCAAUGAUAAAAAUAAUAAAAUUUCGACAUCUAUUUCUCGUUCUUGGUUUACAUCUUUUCGAGAAUCAUUGACAACCAAAAUACCUAAAGCCACUAUCAUCGGAGAAAAUACUACUACCAUAGUUUCUUCUGCCGUUGCUGAAAUCGACCCAAAUUCUAAAGCUACCACUUCAGCUAAUAUCAUAAUGGCCGCACGUAUGUUGCUUUUUGCUGACUGUUGUGAUGGUGGUGGUGUUAGUGAUGACACUAGAGCUGGUAUCUUAGAUGGCAGUCGUAGUUUGUUCCCACCAAUCACUUGGGCAGGACCUCGAUUGUUGAAACUGCCACACCUGUAUGACGACGUUUUCCAGUACUAUCAUGGUAGGGCCUGUCAUCGGUGUCAUGGCGUGCCGCGAGAGACAAGCGUGUGCUUGGUUUGUGGUACUGUAGUAUGCCUGAAAGAAAAUUGUUGCAAAACAAAUCACAUUUAUGAAGCAGUACAACACUCAUUAGAAUGUGGCGGCGGUACAGGCAUGUUCUUAGUUGUGACUUCCAGUUCAGUUGUAGUUAUUCGUGGUAAACGGGCAUGUCUUUGGGGCUCUGUGUACCUGGAUGCAUUUGGCGAAGAAGAUCGUGAACUCAAACGUGGAAAACCAUUAUAUCUGAGUGCGGAACGGUACAGACUGUUGGAACAUCAGUGGUUAGCUCAUCGAUUUGACCACACUAAUAAGAAAUGGGUAUGGCACAGAGAUGCGUUGUAAAUAAUAAGGAGAUAACAUUAAUGAUAAUGGCUUUGAUAAUAAACACAAUGUUAUUUGAAUUAGUAGUUUUAAUAAUAGUCUAACAAGCAACGGCAACUGGUGUCAUUACCAUUUUUUUAAUAAUGUUGUGAUAUAUUUCUUAUUCUAAAACCUUGAUGGUAUAUUGUGUUGUAAACAAUUUUUUAUAAUUAUUGUUAUUAUUUACGUAUGAACUAUUUUUAUUAUUUUAACUAUUUUACUCCCAUUACAAUUACAUUAAAAACAA